CGACCAGCCACCGACGUGUGUUUACGGUCCGAGGCUCCGGCGGAAGCGGCGAGAGAGUUGUUUGCUCUUCGGGGAUUAAAGUUGUGUGUGCUACAAUUCCGCCGUUGUACAUCGUACCGGAGAGUUUCAAGAAUGUGUUGAGCUGAUUACAUCUGGACUACACUAGGGUUUUGGGAAUGGAGUCGACAUUAUUGCUGCUCCUACUGAUCGGAUGCAGCGAGAAAUUUGCGCUUGGUCAGCAAGGUCCGGUCUUCAUCCUGGAGCCGCCGAGCACCCUGGUCUUUUCAAAUACCACAGGCUCCCAAUUAGGCUGCUCCGCACACGGCAGCCCGACACCGCACGUCACGUGGAUUACCAGCCCGGAUCAGAGAUCGGUUACGGCAGUUCCGGGACUCAGACAACUUUUAGGCAACGGAACGCUAUACUUCCCGCCAUUUCUGGCUCAGGAUUUUAGAGCCGAAGUUCACAAUGCCCGUUAUAGAUGCCGGGCGACCAGUUCCGUAGGAACCGUACUCUCUCGCGAGGUCACCCUUCGAGCUGUAUUGACGGUAUCCGGAUACGACGUCAGAGUAAACAGACAACCCGUCAUAGAGGGAUGCAAUGCGGUGCUAUCAUGUACAGCCCGGGAAGACGUUAAGGAACACCUGACCGUCACUUCCUGGUUCCGUGACGACGCUAUUCUCUUACCUGGAAACACUGAUACCGGCGGAAGAUUCGUGGUUACUUCGCAAGGUGAUCUUCAUAUUAGGGCCGCCAGACCAGAAGACGGCAGAGCGACGUAUUCGUGUUUAACCCUGCACGCCUUGACCAGCGAACGAAGGAGAAGCGAACCCGCUACUUUAACAGUCACGGAAUCACCUGGUAGCUUGUCGCCGCGACUCAUGCAACGAUCCGAGAUCGCUAUUUCCGCCGAAAGUGGCUCCGACGUUCACCUCACGUGCUCGGCGCAAGGAAGCCCGCCACCACAAUUUACCUGGUAUCGCGAUGUUAAUGAUACAUCCGAAUGUCUUGUCGCAGGCCACUCGAUACCGGUCGAGUCGUUCGGUCGUAUCCAGCUUUGGGGUGAUUUAAUGCAAAUUCGUCGUGUAGACGCGCAGGACGCUGGAAGAUACGUUUGCCGGGCCAGCAAUCAACUCGGCGAGCAACGAGCGGAGACGCACUUGUCAGUCACUUCAAAGCUAAACGCUCGGAUUCAGCCGCGCGUACAGGUCGUUAAUUCCGGCGAGACCGCCACGAUGAACUGCACGGUCGAGGGAUAUCCGGUCGAGAGCGUCGAGUGGCUACACGACGGUGUGCCAGUAUUGACCGCGCAGGACACGAGGAUCAGAUUGUUGGCUCCCUUGGUGCUCGUGAUAGGCUCCGUCGGUCGCAGGGACAAAGGGAUGUAUCAGUGUUUGGUGAGGAGCGACAAGGAAAAUGCUCAGGCCACCGCUGAACUAAAGCUCGGAGACACGGUUCCGGAGCUGCAGUACACGUUUAUCGAGCAAGCGCUACGACCGGGACCUCCGGUCUCCCUGCGAUGUUCCGCUACCGGUUCACCAACGCCAUCCUUUACGUGGUUACUCGACGGUGAACCAUUGAGUCAGAUUGCGACCGGACACAGAUACGCGAUAGGCCAAUAUGUGGAUCAAUCCGGUGACGUGAUCAGUCACUUAAACAUUUCAUCCGCUGGAACUGAGGAUGGCGGUCUCUACGCUUGCGUAGCGUCCAACACUCUGGCGACUGUCGAGCACAAAGCUAGAUUGAACAUUUACGGACCGCCAUACAUCCGAUCGAUCGGUCCAGUUCGCGCCAUCGCCGGUGUCGACAUCACAAUAGCGUGUCCUUACUCAGGAUAUCCGAUCACAUCGGUCGGAUGGACUCGAAAUAAUGCCGAGUUGCCUUUUGACAUCAGGCAGCGGGUCGACAGUGAGGGCCACCUUACAAUCCUCACGGUAGAUCCGAACGAUGCCGGUACCUACACGUGUAUAGUUAGAGCAAGUUCCGGAGAAACUGCCAACAGAGAUAUACUACUAACUGUGAAUAGUCCUCCCGUAAUGAGUCCCUUCAGUUUUCCCGCGAAUUCGCAAGAAGGAAGUCGUGCUCAAGUAACCUGCAGCGUGACAUCGGGCGAUCUUCCAAUCUAUAUUUCCUGGUUGAAAGACGGCGAGCCACUGCCUUCCUCCCUUCGCAUCGAAGAGCGAGGCGCCGAGUUCUUCAGCCUGCUCGUCUUCAAGGAGCUGUCAUCGCGACACAGCGGCAAAUACACCUGCGUAGCCACGAAUAGCGCCGCCAAGGUCAAUCAUACGGCAGAACUUUUGGUAAAAGUACCACCUCAAUGGAUAUUCGAGCCGCAAGAUGUGGCGACCCUUCUGGGAAACCCACUGAAUGUCCAUUGCGAGGCCAAGGGCUUUCCGCCACCGCGUAUUACGUGGCUCCGUGCCAAGGGCAGAACGUCCAACGACUAUCAGCCGUUGGUCGAUGGUUCUGACGGUAGACUUACGAUAUUGCCUAAUGGGUCUUUGUGGACGGCUUCGGCCGGUCCACAGGAUGAGGGUUACUACCUCUGUCGAGCUAACAAUGCCAUCGGAUCGGGACUAAGCAAAGUGAUAUACGUGUCGGUGCAUGAACCGGCGAGAUUCGAGUUUCAGAGUAAAAACGUUACGAUUCGCCGUGGAGAAUCCGUGACGAUCGAUUGCACUGUGAUUGGCGAUAAUCCUAUAGAAGUACAAUGGAUGCACAACAGCGAUCGAUUGGACAUGAGCAAUCACAGAUUAAGCAUCGGUCAAAUAAAGACCGACAAUGGCCUAAAGUCUCAAUUAUCUAUCGCGCAUAGCGAUCGGCAAGAUUCCGGGGUUUAUCGGUGCACCGCUGAUAACGCUUACGGAAGAAGCGAACAUUUGAUUUAUUUAGCAGUCCAAGAGAGACCAGAUCCUCCAGCCGGACUCGAGGUAAUAGAGAUCGGUUCUCGAUCGAUACGGCUAUUAUGGAAGCGGGCUUUCGACGGAAAUAGCCCUAUAAGAAAUUACGUGAUACAAUAUCGCGCUCUGAGCCACGGCAUGACCGACGAUUGGAAUCCUGUUAAAACGCACAACGUCACGUACACGCCAGGAAGCUCCAAUAGCGGUAAUUCUAUACAUCCAACCCAAAACGGCUUAUCUCCGUUUGAAACCACCGCCGAUGAUCAAGAGGUAGCACUAAUUGGGGGUCUUCAUCCGGCUGUCACUUAUACCUUUCGAAUAUUCGCUAUAAAUUCUAUCGACGCGAGCGGACCCACGGAACCUGUCGUAGCAAAGACUCAGGAGGAAGCACCUACAGAAUCGCCGCAAAAUAUCAAAGUGCAAUCCGCCGGGCCCGGAGAACUCAUAGUCAAUUGGCAACCGCCUCCGAAAGAAUCAUGUAAUGGAGAUUUGUUGGGAUAUAUAGUAACAUGGUCGGAACAUUCGUCGUCGACCUCGGGUGUUAAUCAAAGCAAAAGUUUGACUGUGAAUGGUUGGGCGACGACAAAGGUGCAGCUUACCGGGCUGAGAAAAUUUACGAAAUAUGACAUUUCGAUCAGAGCCUUCAAUAGUAUAGCCAGUGGACCAGCUAGCGUUCCUAUCGUGGGUACUACUCAAGAAGGAGUGCCAGAAACGCCACCGACUCAAGUGACAUGCGCUCCAUUGUCCUCUCAAAGUGUCAAAGUAUCUUGGAACGCGCCGCCGCCUCAUCAACACGGUGGAAUUAUUCAAGGAUACAAAGUUUAUUAUAGACCGGUCCCUACCGAUAACAUGGAUAUAUCAACGGUCGGUGAAGUGAAAAGAACUUCCAGUAUGGAAACUUAUUUGCACACACUGUACAAAUACACGAAUUAUUCCAUCAAGGUGUUGGCUUACACGGGCGCGGGUGACGGAGCGCUGAGUCCACCGAUCUUCUGCAUGACAGAAGAGGAUGUUCCAGGCCCACCUGCUGGCAUUAAGGCGUUGGCGUUAACGGCGGAGAGUAUAUUGGUUUCUUGGUUGCCGCCGUUGCAGCCUAACGGAAAUGUUUCAAAAUACACUGUAUACAGCAGAGAAGCCGGUUCUAAUAAUCACAACGCGCACACGAUGCACGAACCACUAUCGCCCACGGAUACUCUUACAAUGGAAUUACGAGAUCUAGUGGAAAGAAAAUCGUAUGAAUUCUGGGUGUCAGCGACGACCGGUCUUGGAGAAGGAGAACGAACUACCAUAGUUACGCAAACAACGAAUACUAGAGCUCCCGCUAGAGUGGCAUCGUUCUCGCAAGUAUUAAGGAGAGCUAUAAAAUCAUCGGUUACACUGUCGUGUUUGGUGGUGGGAAAUCCUACGCCGCGACCUAUCUGGACGUACAGAAAUGGUCAAAUUACCACCGGUAGACAUUACGAACUUACACCUGACGGACAUCUCAAUAUACGUGGAUUGGAACAAUCGGUCGCGGGAAAUUACACUUGCUCGGCUAGUAAUUUAUUCGGUGACGAUUCCAUCACGUAUUCAUUAGUCGUGGUGAUGCCACCCAAAGCACCGUUGUUAGAAUUACAAUAUACGACAACUAAUAGUAUCAGAUUUCGCUGGAAUCAUCCCGACAACGGCGGUGCUACUAUACAAGGAUAUGUAUUAAGUUAUAAGAGGGAUCAAGGUGGAUGGGAAGAAAUCGCUUUAUCUCCUGAGCAGACGGAGUUUGUACUCUCUGGAUUAAAAUGUGGUUCUUCCUAUUUAGCGCAUUUAACGGCACAUAAUCGGGUCGACACUGGCGAUCCAAGUCCGUUAAUAAGCGCAACAACGAAAGGCACUGCACCUCUAUUACCUAAGGAAAGAGAUAUUAUCUCGGCAAACGGCACAUCAGUAAAACUGAAUUUAUUAUCUUGGCCUAACGGAGGAUGUCCUAUUCAGCACUACACCGUCGAAUAUCGCAGACGAAUCAACACGGAACCUUGGAUUUUGGUAGCCAGCAGAGCAACCGAGAACCUUAUAAUUCGUGAUCUAAAGACAGCAUCGUGGUACAGCUUACGUUUAACAGCGCACAACGAUGCUGGCUCGACUCAGACACAAAUGGAAUUCGCCACGACUACGUUGAGCGGAGUCAGUAUUGGUCCUCCUAACGAUUUGAUAAUGGAGGACGAGAUCAGAAAAACCGUACCCAACCACAAAGUUUUAUAUGUCGUUGUUCCGCUUAUUUGCGCAAUCAUUCUAGUCGUUUCUGCUGUUAUUCUGGGAUAUGUCAUGCUCAAACGUAGCGGAAGAGCGAACUACUUGGGUGAAAUAUUACCGAAUCAGCAGCAACAACAACAGGCAGGAUUGGGAAUAGUUCAACAACAACAGCACCAACAACAGCAUCAUCACUUGUCCAGUUGUAUGUCGACUGUGCAACUCAAAUCGACGGCUGAACGUGACAACAGACGCAACCAUCAGGUUUACACUAGUUCGCCCGUAAAGCAAGAAAAUCACAAAUCUACCGAUCAUGGAUCAGAAAUGUACGAGAUAAGUCCAUACGCUACAUUUAGCGUUCCCGGGAGAGAGAAUCGUUCGGUAACAACAGCAACGCUCGAUUACACGAUGCAAUUCAAGACAUUUGGUCAUUUGGAGAACGAGGACAUCAAUACUAUUGAUUACGAGAGAUCUAGCGUGGACUUUGAAAGGUCAAAAACACCAAGAUGGCACAAGCAACGUUACUUUCCAAGCAUUGCGGAAGCCGAGAGUAAGCUAAGAUCAAAUCGACAAGGCUCCGGCAGUGAUACAUCCGGAAGUCCUUGCGGCGAAUGCGCCGGGCCUAGUUAUAGAGUGCCAGUAAAGCCUUGUAGAGAUGUAUUUUCGCGAGGUGUGGAAUCGAGUACGGAAUCUAACAACGAAGGCUCGCCCUCACUCGCGAGACGACGAAGCCGACAACCGAGCCGGUCUACUCGCAGUUCGGUGGAGGACAUGACGCUAUUGCCACCAAGCGGGUUCAGCGACAGCCGUGAAUUGAGCGACGUGGAGUGCGACCGUGAUCGCGAUCGUGAACGCGAUCGUGAAUGGCAAAGUCUGUCAACCGGAACCCGUCACGGCGGCAGUUUGGGCAGACUCCCGAUCGAGGCCGUCGAAUCUAUGCUCGCUAGAUAUCAGCAAAGGAAGGAACAAGAAAGACAAGAAUUUACUAUACACGUAUGAUCGAGAUUCGCUGGUUCGACUUGGUAUCUUCGCCGGACGAUUUAAUAUUAUUUAGAAAAAAAUGACAAAUCUCUUCUUAACGCUAUUGUCAUUGACGGAAAUUUUUCGGAAUCUUAACAAGAAUGGUUUAAUAUAUGUCGAAGACAAUUUAAUUGAUAAAGUGAAAAGAGAAAAAGUGAAAGAGAGAGAGAGAGAGAAAAGAAGUGUGACAGAUAAGGCUCUCAGGUCUAUUCGUCGAAGAGAAACGUCUCAACUACAUCUGCGUUGCACCAGAAAAAAUACUGCCGUUCAUAUAUAUAAAAAAGGCCUUUGUACACACGUGUAACCCUGUAUGUGCCACGUGCAAUAUCGCGUCGAGAAUCUUAAGGAAAAUAUCAAAUUUCAUCAUAUAACGCGACAUAUAAUUAAUCGAGAAACGAAGAAACAAAUAUUUGAUGAUUAACUGUAUACGUUUUUGAUAGCAUUUUCUAUCACCAAAUUACGAUUUUUCUAUUCUUUCUAUUACCGAAUUACGAUUAAAUUAUCUUACAAAACGUGAUUACACGACGAAAAAAAGGGUAAUUAAUGGAUCCAUCAUUUUCGCGACGACCAACUAUUGAUAAACAGGGUGAACGCCAACUUCCAUACGAAUACCUCCGUUUUAUUAGUGCGAUCUAUACUUAUUAACGAGCCAUUCGACGUACGAAUGUAAGAAUGACCGAUUAUCAGAAACGAGAUUUUACAAUUUAAAAGAUUUUAAAAAUGUUGCAACGUCUUUACAUGUUACCCUAAAUAAAAAAAUAGGUCAAUUAAAAUUAAAAAGAAAUGGUAGGUAUUUAUUGUGUUGAUUUAUAUUCUAAAUUUUCGAAAUAUUGAACAUUAUUUUCUACAUUUUUGGAUUAUUUUUGAUUCGGAAUAUUUAAAAAAAAUGCGCGAUGUUAUUCGAUUGUUCUGAUUUUAAAAUUUUCCACGAACAAUUUUUCAAAUAGUGCCAAUUCUAGCUUAGUCUUUAAGAACGUUGUAAAAAAAAAAUUUGGGAGAACAAGGAAGACAGAAAUGUGUUCCUCUCUAUCUUAAUUGAACGUAUUUGUGCGCUAUAUUAAAUAGUAUUUACCAAUCGAUCUUUCGAAUAAGCGAUUAGCGCCUUAACUAUGUAAAUAAACGCUCUUCACGAAACGGCACUUUAUCGAUGUGAUCGUAAAAUACGCUAGCGAUUAUGAAAUAUCAUGCGUACACAGAGAAUCGUAGUAUCUAUUCGCAGACAGAAUCGAGAAAAUCGUAUAGCAUAGCGCGAUCUCGAUAAAACCAUAGCUUCCCGCCGAAAAUUCGGCGUCUCGUUUUCAUCUCGAAGAUCUCUUCCGUAACGUGAGACUGAGAUUAACGUGAACCGAGUACGCUUACAUUGAGUUCUGCCAAAGAAAGUAAACGGUUAGUCGUUCGGACCAAACCAAAAACGAAGAUUUACAAACGCGCGACGAUAUUUUUUCAUUUUCUUUUUUCCUUUUUUUUUUUUUUAAUAAAGAGAGAUAAAGACUUGCUUAUAUAUAAAAUUAUCUCGUCGGCUGUUUUUAUUAAGGCAUUAAUAAAGUGGAUAAGUCUCAUAUGUACUUUAUAAAAAUUCACGAUAUAUGUCCCCUUAUUACUUUAUAGCGAGUUAUCGCGUAGAUGCAAUAUGCAUAUACAUAUACAUAAAUGAUAUAAUUAGAGAAUGCGAUUUUUUGAGACAGCGCGCUCAUUUUGAAGGAUAAAAAUAUGUGCGAGCACAUUGCAGUCGAUAUCGUAAUAUGUUAUCCUACAAAAAAUAGAUGAAUCAAAAAAGAAUUAACAGAAAAUAUUUAAAAUUGGAUUCCUAAUUUUCCUAAUUAAGAAAAUUUCGUUUAAAAAAUUGUCAAUUUUUUGUAAUUCAUUUAUAUUUCCGGCAGGAUAAGAUAUACUCUGUUUGACUAAUUGGAGCGAAUACGAAUAAUGUUUGGAGAGAAUGCAGGCAUGUUUUAUUUCAUCCCCAAUCGCAAUCGUAAAAACAAGACUACUCGUCCGUUAAACAGUUUGGAUAAAUGUAAAAUAGAUCAUUUUGGAAAACAAAAAUGUAUAUGUGUAAAUGUCUUAAUCCAUCGUGCAAAUAGAAUUGUAAAAUCAAGACUGUCCAUUCGAAUAACUAAAGUAAAAAAGAGAAACUGCCAAGCAAAGUAAAAAACGAUGUAUGACGAAUAAAUUUAGAGAAAAAAAAAAAAAAACCAUUUUGACAAUUCCGAAAUUUGUAUACGUCAAAGAAACGAUCUAAUGAGAAAUAUGUACACAUUCACGGAAAAAAAAAUAAAAAGAAAAAA